GAACAAGCAUGACGAGAGUGGCUAGAUUUUCGCGCUUUCAUGUACUCCGGAGACAUUUCAGCACCGCAAUCCCGAAGACUGUUGGUGUGCUCGGCUUGCCGUUUUGGCGCGGACAGCGAAAGAACGGCACAGAACUCGCCCCCGAGGAACUCCGCCGACGAGGUCUGCUCGAUGAAAUCAGCAAUACUUCGGAGCCACGGGAUUUCGGCGAUGUCGACUUUGACCAAUGCGGCGAGACGGACCAACUUCGCUACAUGGCCGAGAGCGCGAAACUCGUGCGGCGGUCCGUGAAGGCGAGUCUUGAGCGGUGUGCAGUUCUUGUCAACAUCGGAGGGGAUCAUUCCGUCGGAAUGGGAACAGUGGCCGGCCACGCGGAUUUCGCUCAAUCCCUCGGCAAGGAUGUGGCCGUACUCUGGGUAGACGCUCACGCAGACAUUAAUACGCCAAGCACGUCACUCACAGGAUCAUGGCACGGCAUGCCGCUUUCGUUUACGUUACACCAGAUGACGAAGUACCUCCCUCCGCUCAAGGAAUUCUCGGGAUGGACUCCAACCGUGGCAGCAGAAUCAAUUGCUUUCAUCGGACUGAGAGACCUGGAUCCUUCCGAAAGGUUGUUCUUAGACAGAUUACGGAUAACGAGCUUCUCAAUCCGUGACGUUGAUUCACUGGGAAUGAAGAGAGUGGCUGAGAUGGCUCUACAAGCUGUCAAUUCCCGAGGAGACAAGUCCCUGCAUGUGAGCUUUGACAUCGACGCUCUAGAUCCGACUCAAGCGAGGAGCACGGGGACCCCUGUGGCUGGUGGACUCACUUUGCGAGAAGCUGCCGUACUCGCUGAAACAGUGGUAUCCACUCAGACGUUGAGAGUCCUUGACAUGGUGGAAGUAAACCCACGGCUUGGCAGCCCGACAGACGUAGAGUCGACAAUGGAUGCGGCAAAAAAAGUCAUCACCUGGAUGCUCGGCCAUCGCAGGGAAGGCCGUCAACCCGAUCAGCUGUCCGAGGAAAUUCGCCUCAAGUGA